CGAUACCAAGCGGUGAUGCCAGGAAAGGUGUCUUCCAAUAAAUGCGCUCUUCUCAUCACAGUGGCCACACCCGUUCUCAUUAUCAACCACACACGGUUGCAGUUCUUCUCAGUUCUGGUCACGGUGCUGAUGAAGUGCCUGGAACUCUGGAUGCCAACCUCAGCACCGAGUUUGGAGCCCAGAGAAAAAAUGAGCAUUUACAUUUUCACACAAAAGACUCUGCGUGUGCUUUUGGUCUUGACAUAUAGGCCACGCUGCUGCAUCGGCUUCCUCUUGGCAGAAACACCUCCUACCCUCAUAGUUACAGCACAGUAUCUCAGAAGAGAAGAGGAAACAGACGUUGUUCCUCUUCCCACAGAGAUGGUUGGUGGUCGCACACUUUGGCUGAGCUGCUUGCUCACAUCCAGCGCUGUGCUGCUCCUCGGGGUCUCUCUGUCUGAUGUAGAAGCUUCCAGCUGUCACCAAAGAACCAUCCAUAAAAGAGUUGGAGACGCUGUGGAGCUCUCGACAUGUUUAUCACCUGAAAAAUCACGUCAACUCAUAGUAGCGCGUUGGAAAAAAGGAGAAACAGAGGUUGCAGACAAGGAUACAAAUGUAUCCAAAGUGUUCAGGGACAGAUUUUACCUAAACCCCACAAACUUCAGUUUAAGAGUGAGAAAACUGACUCUUCAAGAUUCUGGUGAAUUCAGUUUUGUCUCAGAGGUGAAUAAUCAUCAAUUACAGACAGUUUUCAUCACGCUGCAAGUUCAUGAGCCAAUAACUCAGCAUCCUGACCUCCAGGUCAAUUCUACCUGGAAUGAGCUAAAUGAAUCCUGCAGAGUUUUGCUGGAGUGCAGUUCGGUCUAUAACACCAACGUCAGAUACAGUCUGUCUGUCAGGAACCAAACACACAGUGGCUCCAGGCUGCAGUUCAGCAUCAGACCAGAGGAUGGAGAAACCACAUUUACCUGCACAAUAUCUGACUUUGUCAGUGAGAUGUCAGCGUUUAAAAGACUGACAUGCAGCAACAGCACUGAAUCUUCAAAACUUGACCUUGUCCUUGUGCUGGGCGCAGCAGUGGGAGGCUGUGCACUAAUUGUGAUCAUAGUUGGCACAGCUGUGGGUGUUAGUUGUUGCAAACGAAAGGCAGCAAACAUGGAAUCAAAUGAGUUGACUGUCUAUGCAGACGUAUCUGAAAUCGCACCUGAAAACGGGUCGACUAUGAAGCCGUGUUCUGUGUAUGAAACCAUUGAUAACAAAAUGCAGCCGGUCACAUCAAUCUCACCAGGGGUAAGAUCAGAAUAUAAUAUGCCACAUACCAGGCAAAAACAAGCUGUUUACCGCCUUAAUCUGUAUCUGUCCCACCUCCAGCCUCACACUGUCUAUGACCAGAUCCAGCUUAAUCGCUUGAGGAAGACUUCAUCACCCUAUCAAGAGAUUUAGAGGACGACGGUGGAUCACUACAGAAUGUUUGAUGCACAUUGUACAAUUCCUUUUUGGGGACUUGCUUUUGCACGUCCUAUGGUCCCGGUACUUAAAUUCUAUAUAUUUUGUAAAUACAGAGAUUCUAUUUUUGAUGACAUAUUAAAGAUGUGACGUGA